AUGGAAAGAGAAAAUCAGACCAGUGUCCUUGAGUUCCUCCUCUGGGGACUCUCAGAGCGGCCCGAGCAGCAGCACAUACUCUUCAUCCUGUUCCUAUGGAUGUACGUGGUCACUGUGGUUGGGAACCUGCUCAUUGUUCUGGCCAUUGGCACCCACACACAUCUGCACACCCCCAUGUAUUUCUUCCUCGCCAGUCUGUCUUGUGCAGACAUACUUUUCACCUCUACCACUGUGCCCAAGGCCCUGGUGAACAUCCAGACUCAGAGCAGAUCCAUCUCCUAUGCAGGAUGCCUGGUUCAGCUCUACUUUUUCCUGACUUUUGGGGACAUGGACAUCUUUCUCCUGGCCACAAUGGCCUAUGACCGCUAUGUGGCUAUUUGCCACCCACUCCACUACACGAUGAUCAUGAGCCUCCGGCACUGCCUUCUCAUGGUGACUGCCUGCUGGACCCUCACAAGUCUCGUUGCCAUGACACACACCUUCCUCAUAUUUCGGCUUUCCUUCUGCUCUAGGAAUACCAUCCCUGACUUCUUCUGUGAUCUGGGACCCCUGAUGAAGGUGUCUUGCUCUGAUACCCUGGUCAAUGAACGUGUGCUCCUCUUCCUCGGGGGAGCAGUCAUUUUAAUCCCUUUUAUGCUCAUCCUCAUCUCUUAUACCCUCAUCAUUUCUGCCAUCCUCAGAGUCCCCUCUGCCCAGGGAAGGCACAAGGCCUUCUCUACCUGUGGUUCUCACCUUGCUGUUGUUGCCCUAUUCUUUGGGACAGUGAUCAGGGCUUAUCUGUGCCCCUCAUCCUCCUCCUCCAACUCAGUAGAGGAGGACACAGCGGCUGCUGUCAUGUACACAGUGGUGACUCCCCUGCUGAACCCCUUCAUUUACAGCCUGCGGAACAAGGACAUGAAGUAUGCACUUGUCAGACUUCUCAGGGGCAAAGUCUCCUUCUCAUGGAGCCAAUGA